GUGUGCGAGGCGGCGAGCCGUGUUCUGAUUGGUUACUGGCGCCUGUCGUGAGAAGUAGGGGCAGUUCUCGCGGCCUGCCUGUCUUUGUGGGGCUCAGACACCCCUCCGAGCGAGGUAAAGAGUUAUUGUGGCUUCUGCCGGUUGUUCGCCGCAACUCAAGUGUUGUGUAUGACCCUCCUUGUGUCGGCUCUCGAGAAGCCCCUGUUUCUUUAGCAGUGAGAGAAGGACGAGGGGAGCAUGGCGGCCUCGGAAAAAAACAGCAAGAAGAAAACGGAAAAGAAACUCGCGGCUCGGGAAGAAGCCAAAUUAUUGGCCAGCUUUAUGGGAGUCAUGAACACCAUGAGGAAACAAAAAACUCUUUGUGAUGUCAUUCUCAUGGUCCAGGAAAGGAAGAUUCCAGCUCAUCGUGUUGUACUUGCAUCUGCCAGUCACUUCUUUAACCUGAUGUUCACCACAAAUAUGAUUGAAUCAAAGUCAUUUGAAGUGGAAUUAAAAGAUGCAGAGCCAGAUAUUAUCGAGCAGCUCGUGGAGUUUGCAUAUACUGCAAGAAUUUCUGUAAACAGCAACAAUGUCCAGUCAUUGCUAGAUGCAGCAAAUCAGUAUCAGAUUGAACCUGUGAAAAAAAUGUGUGUGGAUUUUUUAAAAGAGCAAGUUGAUGCUUCAAAUUGUCUUGGUAUAAGUGUAUUAGCAGAAUGUCUUGACUGCCCAGAAUUGAAAGCGACUGCAGAUGACUUUAUCCAUCAGCACUUCACUGAAGUUUACAAGACAGAUGAAUUUCUUCAGCUGGAUGUUAAACGUGUGACACAUCUUCUAAACCAAGACACACUGACUGUAAGAGCAGAAGAUCAGGUUUAUGAUGCUGCAGUCAGAUGGCUGAAAUACGAUGAGCCAAACCGCCAGCCAUACAUGGUUGACAUUCUUGCUAAAGUCAGGUUUCCUUUAAUUUCAAAGAAUUUCCUCAGUAAAACUGUACAGGCUGAACCACUUAUCCAGGACAAUCCUGAGUGCCUUAAAAUGGUUAUCAGUGGAAUGAGAUACCAUCUGCUUUCUCCAGAGGACAGAGAAGAACUAGUGGAUGGCACUCGCCCACGAAGAAAAAAGCAUGAUUACCGCAUUGCCUUGUUUGGAGGAUCACAGCCACAGUCAUGUCGCUAUUUUAAUCCAAAGGAUUACAGCUGGACAGACAUCCGGUGUCCCUUUGAAAAGCGGAGGGAUGCAGCUUGUGUCUUUUGGGACAAUGUCGUUUAUAUUUUGGGUGGUUCCCAGCUUUUUCCUAUAAAACGAAUGGACUGCUACAACGUUGUGAAAGAUAGCUGGUAUUCCAAACUGGGGCCUCCAACACCUCGUGAUAGCCUUGCAGCAUGUGCAGCAGAGGGUAAAAUUUAUACAUCUGGUGGUUCAGAAGUAGGAAAUUCUGCUUUAUAUUUGUUUGAAUGCUAUGAUACAAGAACAGAAAGCUGGCAUACAAAGCCCAGCAUGCUGACUCAACGGUGCAGUCAUGGGAUGGUAGAGGCAAAUGGUCUGAUUUAUGUAUGUGGAGGAAGUCUAGGAAACAAUGUUUCUGGAAGAGUCUUGAAUUCAUGUGAAGUUUAUGAUCCAGCAACAGAAACGUGGACAGAGCUCUGUCCGAUGCUUGAAGCUCGAAAGAAUCAUGGACUGGUAUUUGUGAAAGACAGAAUAUUUGCUGUGGGGGGGCAAAAUGGCUUAGGUGGCCUGGACAAUGUAGAGUAUUACGACAUUAAAAUGAAUGAGUGGAAGAUGGUGUCUCCCAUGCCAUGGAAAGGUGUAACAGUGAAAUGUGCUGCUGUGGGUUCAAUCGUCUAUGUCUUAGCUGGAUUUCAGGGUGUAGGUCGAUUAGGACACAUCCUUGAAUAUAACACUGAAACGGAUAAGUGGAUAGCUAACUCCAAAGUCCGUGCUUUCCCAGUGACCAGCUGUUUAAUCUGUGUAGUUGAUACUUGUGGAGCAAAUGAGGAGACAUUAGAAACAUGAAGACUUUGAUGAACUUGUAAGGUACUUUUGGAUGACUGAUUUGCCACCCAUGAUGCUUUUGCAUUUUUAGUUAUGUCUUGUCAGAGUGAAUACUGCGGAAAAGCCGAGAUACCAUUUUAUCGCCGUUAUGUAUAUAAUGUGAAGGUGCUUGAGCAAGUUUUAUUUUUCCAUUUUCUAUCUGAAGACUGGAAGUAUUUUUGCCAAUCUAGAAUGAAGACACAUUAAAACAGCCUUUUAAAGAUGCAUUUCUGCUGAGUUGCCAAAAAAACAAACCCAGCCCUGCCUAAAUAUAUUGGCAAAUAUUUGAAGAAAUCUUCCUUCUUAUUGUUUUAACCUUUAUUGUUCACAGUUAAACUGGUGAGAUUAUUCACAUAGCAGAGGUGGGUGAAACAAAAUGUUUCUGCUGUGAAGUUGCCCAAAAUUGCUGUUCUUCAGAAAAAAGUGCUGUAUUACUGCUAUGCAGCUUCGUCACAAGAUGAGAGGUAUGCAUCCCAGUAUCCAACUGAAAAAGCUGUUGAACAAAAUACUUUAACUACGUACAGGGUUUGUGACUGUACUGAGCUGGCUCAGAUAACUAAAUGGGAUAUACUCCUUUUUAGUGCUUUAUCACACAAUUGGAAUCAUACCUAGCAACAGGAAGAUAGUUUUCUUCCCAGACAUUCCCAUACUGACACCAGGAUGCCAGUUAUGUAAACGAUAUACUCCAUGUGUUUCUACCAUCUCAUGUCAAUUAUGUGCAUAAUAGAAGUUUGCCAUUAAAUGCAUGUGGUAGAGGGUUGUAUGCUUCCCUGCUCCCCACCCCAUGAACACCUUUUCUCUAAAAUAAGCGUUGAACCAAUGAGACCACACAGUGCACUUCCCUACCACUUCCUCAUGGGGGGGUAUUAUUUCCAUUUGGAAAACCAAAAGAGGGUGGGGGAUCUGCUUCUCAGUUCCUAGAUGCAGUAGAAGACAGAUGGCAUUUAUAUAUGAGAACACAAAUGUGCAGUUGGGGUACAGGCUAAACCUGUCCCUGUCAACCCCAGUUUCUGGGAGGGGUUAAUUGUCCCAACAUCAUUAUUAUUAAUUGCAGUCCAUCACUUUUUUCUUGCAGAAAGCUAAUGUGGAUCAAGCCUACCUCAUCUGCAUAGCCCUGUUCUGGUUUAGUUUCUUGGCUAUAACAGAGUAUAUAAAAAUGGAAUCCAGGAAGUAGCUUGUAUUUACAUGUCCAUUAUUUACAAUUCCUUGUUUGCCUUGGUGUGGAUCAAAAUUCAUUCACAUUCCUUAUAUGCCUGCUGUACUGUGGCACCUGCAAUUUUCAGAAACCCUGGACAAUGAUGUGGACAGUAAAAAGUAUAUAAGCUUGCAUGUGAGGAGGUAGAUAACUUUUCCCAUGUAUAAAAAAUGUUUGAGGGCAUAAAAUAUUGCUCAAUCCAUCAAAUUUUUUUCUUCAGAUUUGUAAUCCACUAGGAGUUCAAGACAUCCCUCACACGUCUUUCUUUGUUAAAACAGUUUAUGAUGUUUAAAAUUUGCUUCUAUGUACUUCUUACUACUGUCUUUUAGAAAUCCUGUAAUUAGUAGUUUAAAUCUACUAAACAAUUAUGUAUGUAUCUGCAUAGAGGCACAGAAGUCCUACCUUUUAAGGACUGUUCUUAAUUUGAUAGUGUGGGAUUAUUAAACCAAUUCUGAAGCACAUUUUUCUAGUUGAAUAAUUUACCAAGAGUGGAAUAACUAGAAAAUCAACAUGAAGAAAUGUGAAGCUCAUCUUUUUGUAUGCCCGUGCAAAUAGUAAAAGGAUUUCUAGUUUCAAUCUUCCUUUAAAAGGUUAAGCCACAUUACAGGUGGGAUUCAAUUUUU